GGAGGAGCUCAGUGUCUCUGUUAUAAAAACACACCGAGCUCCUCCUGAUCAGAUCCUCGUCUCCUCUGAACAUUCUCUAAACAUCUGUCACUGUUGCACAUCUGGGGAAUCGAACAUGAGUCACGUGGACGUGAAGAACCUGAAGCCCUCGAGCUUCGAAGAAGAGAACUACGACCAAUACGAGUAUUACAACCUCAGCGACAAGUACGCAGAAUCCUCGGCCCGUAAGGGAAGGACCAAGAAGGAGGCGAGUGACAACACCAACCGUCCCUCCCCCUCCGGCCACGAGCGCAAGCUGGUGGAGAAGCUCCAGAACCUGGAGGAGAAGAAGAAGAAGAAGAAGGAGUGAGCAGGGCGACCCGGACGGCUCAUCGGACCCCGACCACGGCGACACAUUGAGACCCACAGACAGCGGGGGCGUGCUGAGGCCCCGACGGGCCGAGGCUUGACCCCCGACCCCACCGGCCCCCUCCAGGAGGAGCUCACCGGAUCCUCCCCGGUGGCCAGGCCGUGGCUCCUCCCCCUGCCAGGGGGCGGAGAGCGCCGGUUUGCUGCUCAGACCGCGGAGGUGCACGUGCUCACGUAGGAGGUGCUCUCAGUAUCAUGAGGUCUAUGCGACAUGUUUUCAUUGCACUGAAAACAAAGAAGCUUUUACCAAUAAAAGUAUUCUUGAAUAACACCGUACUUCUUUUCCCUCUUAGUAGUUCAAUACUAUGAUGAAAUGUUUUAUUUGAAUACUUGUAAGUAAGCAGGAGUAUCAGAAAUAAAGUCUGUAAAGCCUU